AUGUCGAGCGAACUUGGACGCGACGACUCGGCACCCGCCAGUCCAUCGCCAGCAGUAGCACGACCGACAUCCUCGGGCAUCCACCAUGGCACCUCUUCCGCGCCCAACGAACACCUACAAAAGGCCGUCGACGAUGUCAUGUACAGCGACAUUGGCGUCACGACCCUCCUCAACCGCCUGAAACAGUCCAUCGCCUCGGCUCGCGACUUUGCGUCGUUUCUGAAGAAGCGCAGCUCGCUGGAGGAAGAGCAAGCCAAGGGCCUCAAGCGACUGGCGCAGUCUCAGUUGGACAGCGUCAGGAGGGGUGAGGUCCGCAGUGGAACAUAUGCCCAGCAGUUCACCGACGUCUUGCGCGUGCAUGAGCGCAUGGCCGACCAUGGCAUGCAGUUUGCACUUUCCUUGCACCAGAUGCACGAGGAUCUGGAUGUCCUCAGUGGGAACAUGGAGCGCGGGCGGAAGCAGUGGAAGCACGAGGGGCUCGAUGCUGAGAACAAGGCUUCAGCAGCGGAAGCCGCUAUGCAGAAGGCCAAGGCCAGGUACGACAGUCUUGCCGAUGAGUACGACCGCGCAAAGACGGGCGACACCAAGAGCAGCAGGAGGAUCGGUCUGAAGGGCCCAAAGAGCGCGGAGCAGUAUGAGAGCGAUCUCAUGCGCAAAGUUGAGACGGCAGACACAGACUACAAGGACAAAGUCCGACAGGCGCAGACACAACGAGAGCAGCUUGUUCGCGAACACCGACCAAAGGCCGUGAGAGAGCUGCAGGCGUUGAUUAAAGAGAGCGACUCUGCCUUGUCUCUGCAGCUGCAGAAGUUCGCAACCUUCAACGAGAAACUGCUCCUCGGCAACGGUCUGGCUGUUAGCCCGUUGACAGACAACAAUUCUUCCGUGUCUCAGCGCAGUCUGCGGGAGCUGGUCAUGGGCAUUGACAACGACAGUGACUUCCACAACUAUAUUGCAGGCCACCAGGGCAAGAUUCCAGCACGACCCAGCGAGAUUAGAUAUGAGCAGCAUCCGACUCUGGCACCCAAGACUCAGCAGCCGAAGAGCAUGCCAACCACAGCUCCAGCCGCGGCAGCAGCACCGCCUAUGCAGGCGCCUUUGACCCUCAACACUGCUUCAUCUCAACCAGGAUCAAUGACCAGCAGGACACCUGCCUCUGCUGCGCCACCAUCAUCUUUCAGUGUUCAGCCGCCGUCUUCAGCAGGAUAUGGAAGCGGCCCACCACAAGUGCCUUCUUUCCCAACCAAUCAGCCUCCCUACCAAGCUGAUCCUACACCUCUCCGCGAUACCUACAACAACACUCCACCUUAUCCCACUCAUCCUUCCGAACGUUCCGGUACCGGAUUUAGCCAGCAUCAGCAAACGACAGGCUCAAUCCCAGCAGUGGCGCCUACUCAGAUAUCGCCUCCUCGCGACUACAACGGUAGUUCCUUUGGCGGUCCAGUCAGUGCCGGUGGCUUUAAUGGUCCUCCCAGCGCUGGAGGCUUCAAUGGCCCACCUAGCGCUGGUGGCCCGACUGGUCCACCGACUGAGAGCAAAACCCCAGUUUUCGGCGUCAGCCUUGACGAGCUCUUUGCUCGCGAUCAAUCCGCGGUGCCAAUCAUCGUGUUCCAGUGCAUCCAGGCUGUAGAUAUAUUCGGCCUGGAGACAGAAGGCAUUUAUCGACACAAUGGCACUGCAUCACAGGUCAACCGACUUCGUCAGGCUUUCGAUCAUCUGCCCGCAAGCUCACCACAGCUUGACUUCCGCAAUCCAUCGAACUUCGGUCACGACGUCAAUGCAGUCGCAAGUCUGCUCAAGUCCUUCUUCCGAGAUCUGCCAGACCCAUUGUUCACAAAGGUUGGCUACGGCCAAUUCAUCGAAGCCGCACAAGUCGAUGAUGAAAACCAACGACGUGAUGCCAUCCACCAGGGCAUCAACGACCUGCCAGAUCCAAACUACGCCACUCUCCGCGCGCUCGUGCUACACCUAAACAGAAUCAUGCAGAAUGAGUCCAGAACUCGCAUGACAGCUGAGAAUCUCGCCGUAUGCUUCGCACCCACCCUCAUGGGCACCCACUCCGGCGUCAUCGCCGACGCUAGCUACCAGCACCGCGUCCUCGCCACAAUCCUGAUCAACGCAACCGCCAUCUUCGACGACGACUAG